CAGUCUAAAUCAGAAAGUUUGGUUUGUUUUGGUUGUGUAAAACAUUAAAAAUUGAUGAAUUGUAAUUGUUAAUUUAUAUAUAAGUGCAUAAUUUCUGAUAAAUACAUCAUUAACUAUAAGCCGUAGAUAUAUGACGAAAGAAGUAUAAACGUUCGUACAAAGUACUAUAUCCUAGUAAAUAAUUAUAAUAAGUAAAUUUGAUCAAGAAACUGAUUUGACUAAACAGUUUCAAAAGUGCAGAAUGAGCAAUUGGGAUGGGCAAUAUGUAAUGCAUAACGCAAUGAAUUCUAUAAUGCCACCAAUGAUUGGUCCAGUACUUCCUGUUAACCAUGUAGAAACACCUAAUGUACCCAUUAAGCAAGCAGAAGUCCAAUGUGUUGAAGCUGAAAGCAGCACACAAAAUACAAACCAGUCCCAAGAUCAAGGAAGUAGAGACAAAAGGGACAGGAGAGAUCGUAACAGAGACCAUAGACAUCGAUCAAGAUCUCAUGAGCGUAAUGAGAGACGUGGCAGAUGUGAUAGAGAUGAUAGGAAAAGACAUUCAAAAUGGGAUGAUGACAGAGACAGAUCCAAUUUAAGGCCAGCAAUGCCGCUCAUACCUUGCAUGCCUCCGGGAAACAUGAUGAUGCCAGGUAUGAUAUACAAUCAUAUGAUGCCUAACAUAAUGCCACAACAGCAAAUGGAUCUUCAAAUGCAUAUGAUGCCGGGCAUGGUAAUGCCAAAUAUGAUGGACCAAAGUAUGAUGAUGAACCAAUCAAUGCCUAACCAGAUAUUCUCUUUGGGAUUAUUACUUCCACCGAUUCCUGGGACAUCAGUGCCAUCUAGACGUGAACGGCCGAAAGGUUGUCGUACUGUUGUUGUAGGCGGUCUACCCAAUGGUGUGACUACAGAUGUUGUGACGGAGAUUUUCAAACGAUUCGGAGAGAUAUAUGUUAACUCACCACGGAACGGCAUCUUUCAUGUUCGUUUCGUUUCGUCUGAUGUAAUGGAACAAGCAUUCUUUUUGACCGGAUAUAGAUUCAAAUUACAUGAACAAUUAGAUAAUGAAGCUACUACAAUUUUUAUUGAUUAUGCCAUGAAUAGAGAAGAUGAAGCUGAAUAUGAGAAAGAUCUUGAACAUACACCUUUCCGUGUGGAGCAAUUCACGCCAACAGCCCUGACAGCUAUCAUAGACAAGAUUAAAAGUGAAGACGAAUUCUCCACAUCUGCACCGACUCUAGCUGUAUGGUUGGAACGUGGAGAAUGCAAUAAGAAGAAUGCAAAUAUUUUCUAUUCUCUAAUACAAGUGAGCAACAACCAACUUAGAAGAUUGUUCAAUGAGAAAAUGCAACUGGAUGAGGAAUUUCAAAAUUUAAAGACUUCCCUAAAAGAUAGAUUCGCACGUAUUGUUAUGCAAUUCGAACAGGUCGCAAAAAUUCUGACAGCGGCAAAACACCAACGAGUCUCUGAUCACCUCACUAAGCAGCAGCGACGUAAUGUCGAGAUGUGGCUGAAAAUGACUGAGGAGGUAGAAAACAUAAAAGAGGAGUUUAAAACUGUUUUUGAGGAUGAAGAUGGUGGGACUAACUCAGGCAAACCUAUGGUUUCUCAAGAAAAAUACGAUAAAUUGAAGACUGAGAAUGAAAAUCUGUCAUAUGAAUUAGAGGGGUACAAAAACGAAGCAUUCUUGGCAAAGGACGAAGCGGAAAGGAAGUUUGAAAAGUUCAAAGCCCACUUUAUAGCCCAACAAGCAAUGCAGAAUCAAAAAUUGUACCCGCCACUACCGAAUUACAAACCCGAUACUAUGCAUGAAGUAUCCAAGCCCUUACCACCUCCACCCACACCAGAUGACAAAAAAGUCAACACCUCGUCACCUUCAGUACCACCAACAGACGCGAAGCUCAUCAGCAUACUUACAGCCUUCCUUAUGGUUCAUCCACUUGGUGCUACCCUGGACUACCUCGUGUCAUACGUAAGGUCUAUGACACAUAAUGUCACCCAAAGCACUGUAUUACAAAUUCUUCAAAAAUACACAGAUGUUUUCGAAUGCAAGACGUCCGGAAUCGGUGCAACCAUAGAGCACAGAUGGAGUUUUAUAACAUUCGAUAUUAUGAAAAAGGACCGUUAAAUAACCUUAAUUGUAUGAUAUGAAUUUAUAUAUUUAAUUAUGUAUAGCAUGUAAAAUAAAAUAUAAAAGUACAAAUA